GAUGGAGGAAGCCGGCAGCCCGUUCGCGUUUGGCCAGCAGCUCCGGGACGCCUGCUGGCGGUGGCUGAGGGCCGAAGAUCGCGACGCCGAGGGAAUCAUCGACCAGGUGGCGCUGGAACAGUUCGUUGCCCGCUUACCAGCCGGAACCGCGGAGUGGGUCCAGUGCCACCGCCCGGCGUCGCUGGAUCAGGCCGUAGGACUGGCGGAGGAUCAUCUGGCGGCUGUACCGGCGGCAGGACAACGGAUGACAUCGUCUUCUGUCUCCUCUUCUCUCUCUCUGUCUUCCCCCCCUCUCUCUCUGUCUUCCCCCCCCUCCUCCCGUGUCCCGUCCUCGCCCCAUUCCCCCACCACGGAGGCGGGGGCCGGCCCCACCCCAGCCGGCCCGCCGCACCCGUGGUGCCCUCCCGUUUCUCCCUUCUGUGUCUGUCUCUCCCCCCCCUCAGGUGAGUGAGCCCCAGAACACAGUUGCAGAGGGGAGGCCCGGGCCGGUUUGCUGGCGCUGCGGGGAACCGGGCCACCUGCAGCAACAAUGUGCAGCGAUGGAGGUGGGGGCGGUGGUGCGGAUCCCCGACGCGCCAGAGGCUGCCCUCGAUCGGGCCGGAGCGUAUCGCAUACCGUUUUAGGGCCCCCGCUUUGGCUGGAAGGUGACCGGAGCAGCCUAACGCUUAAGGAUCCAUGCAGUAUCCGUGUGGCGGCGGCUGAGUCCCGGGCGGUCAUCCGGGCCAGAGACAUCAAACACUUUGAACAAGUCAUGGAGUUCUUUAAUGCUACACACGCUUUACUACCUCAGCUAGUGACCCCCAUCAAGCACAUGAAGAUAAUGUUCGGCCUGAAAACUUUGGUUAUUAUGUGGAUGUUGUGGGAGGACCGGUCUAUAGAAAGCAUCACCGACAAGAUUGUAAAGUUUUUUCCUGACAGCUUCUCACAGUAUCAUAGAAGUAGUCACAGGCAUAUGGAGCUGAUGCAGAAGGCCCAGCGGGACUUUAGGAAUUUUGUUCAAUUACUGACAAGAAACCCAGAAAUGCGCAAAAAUUACAUUAGAAAUCUGAUGGAAGAGCAGUAUGGUGAACACUACAUCAUGAAGUUGGAAGAGCGGUCGGUGCAUUAUUUAGAAGAACUGAACAAAGCCCUUCCACAACCCACCUACAUUGACCAGGUUCUAAAAAAAUCAGGGCCAUUGAAGGGGCAAGAGGAGUUACUGCAGCAGUUAUUUACCUGUAAUAGUGUGUCUCCAGCCACAGCUCUAAAGAAACUGCUAAGAUGUGUUACGGCACGCGACAUGGAUUGUAAAAGUACAGAGAUGUGUAAACAACAAAAAGGAGCUCAAGUUGAUGGACCAGUGUUUGGGCCCCUUUGUGUAGCUGUCAGGCCAUCUCUGGAAGAGGCAGAAGAAGACUGGCUGUCCCAGGUGUCCUCUCAGAACUCCUGGCUGAAUAGAGAUAAGAGUUUGGAAAAAGAGAUGACAAGGUUGAAGGAGGAGUGUGUUUUAGAUCAGACUGGCAAACAUCCAGGUAUGCUUAAAGAACAGCGUCUUCAGACAUCUGAGAUCGGACUUGUUGCCGACGAGAAGGAAGCUGAAGAUGACUUAACGGAGCACCUGUGCUCCAGACAUGGCAAGAGAAUGAAGAGUAUCCUCCAAGAAUGCUCUGAGGAGCAGAGGAGUCAUGACAGCGAAACAUCCCUGAUGCAGGUGGAAUGCACUCCCCUAUCAUCUCACUCUCCACUUUGCCAGUCCACGCCUCCCAGAAUGACCUCAGCAUCUCCUCUCCAUGACUCCUCUUCUACAAAUAUUUCUCAGUCUUCACAGCCAGAGUCUUUCUCAUAUCUUUCAGUGGAUGAAGAGCGACAGGUUGUCCCUUCACAGCUGAUGGCUUCUUCACAGACAUCUCCAGAACAAGAAAAUAUUUCUAGUCUUUUUUCAGGCCAAAAAACCAUCGCAUUGACAUUAGAAGGAUCACCUUCUCUGGAAUGUUCAGUAAAACUCGUUACCCCUUCAUCACCACGUUCAGUUCAGCCAUCCUUAUCUCAAACAUCUUCUUCUUCAACCAAUAUUUCACCAUUUCCAGAAAACAGAAUCACACAAGAAUCAUCUGAGCAGGAAUCCUCACAGAUACUGUCCUUUAAGAAAAUGUUUGCGAAAUCUUCAUACCAUCAGCCUCGUUCACCAUUACCAUUCUCUGGAGCUCCAGCAGUGACUCCAACUUCAAGCCAAAAUGAUACACAGGCCUCUUUUAAGUCACAUGUAAUUUUAGAGCCAAGCAGUGACUCAGCAGGCAAACUGAGGCUUUCUUUAGAGACUCAGGCUUUCCUCUUGGUGUGUAAGUGGCUGCAGCCUGAAGUGAAGCUCUACAGACUGAGCCAGCAUGAAUGUCACCAAGCCAUACUGCCAAAUCGUGCUCCAGAACAGUCAUCUGAAGAGGAAAAGGAAGAUGAAGAUGUGUUGUUUGAUGUUAAUUUACUGUAUUCAGAUUCUGAAUCGGACACACAGGACUCUGAUGAUUCUGAUUAUGUUCCAUCAAAGAGAUGCCGGUAUAGGUGACGUGCAAAACAAGUUACUCAUCAUGCACAGUUAUGUAAUCUGUGGUACCUAGGAUCAGGUUCACACUGAUCAUGAACCAGACUUUUGUGAUGCUCUCUGUUUUUAUAAUGCUGCUCCUCAAACUACA